GCGAUGUGGCCGGCAGGAGCGGGCACCAAGCUGCCCUGUCCCCGGGACUCUGCGCUCCGGAGGGCGGCGUUCUCCGGGAACCUCACGGCCCUGCCUUCUCACCUCGUGCCCGCCGGCCGCAGCGUCCGGGUUUUCAUCAGCGCCAACCCUGAAGACACAGGAGCAGAAAGGCAGGCACUAAAAGAAAAUGUGUAUCCUAAACUGAGGGAAUUCUGCAGAGAAAACUAUGGAUUGGAAUUUCAGAUCAUAGAUCUGUACUGGGGAGUUGAAGAAGAUGAAUGGGACAGCCCAGAGCUCCAGAAGACCCGCAUGAAGCUGCUGGAGGAUUGCUUGAAAACUUCUGCAGGUCCAUGUUUUGUUGGACUGUUAGGUGAAAAAUAUGGAAACAUCCGAAUCCCCGGAGAGGUUGAAGCCUCAGAGUUUGAAAUGAUUUUGGAUGCUGCCGUAGAAGCCAAGCUGGAGACCAAGUUGCUGGAAGACUGGUACUGUCGGGACGAGAACUCUGUGCCUGCAGCUUAUUACCUCAGACCCAGAUCCGAAAUGCUAAAAAGCAAUAAAAAUAUGAUGCCGCCUUCUGACAGUGCUGAAAGUGAGAAGACCUGGCAAGAGGUAUCAGAUGAGAUCAAAAAGAUAUUUAAAGCUGCUGUAAAACUGUUGCAGGAAAAGGGUAGAAUGAAACAUGGCCAAGCUAAGAGGUACCUGUUCUCAGCUAUAGAAGAUGAGUUCGACUUUGCUCUAGGAAAGCAAACACCAGCAUUUCUAAAGAAGUGUGUUUGCUACAUUAGGAAAAUUGCUAACAUUGAGCGUUUUGUGAAGAUCCCAGAGAUGGGAAAAUAUAUGGAUAUAACUGGAACAGAACCACGGAUUAUUCGAGACCCAGAGGCUCAAGAGAAGCUGAUAAAACUCAGGGAUGAGUUUAUUCCUACAAUUGUUGCGUCAUCCAACCUGAGAGUGUACACAUCUGUUACUCACUGUGACAUGAAACUAGGCUAUUCCCAAGAGAUAGAGAACCAUUACAUAGAAGGGCUUGGUAAGCAAUUUUAUGAGGACAUGAUUGAUAUAAUUCAGGCAACCGUGCAACAGAAUUUUGACACGGAAACUGAUACACUUUAUGAUGAAAUCCUUCAGCAUUCAUCAUUAUGCAAGACCUAUGCUUCCUUCUAUGAGUAUAAGUGUGAAUCUCUAAACAUUGUGCACAGAUACAUCCUACCAAGCAAAACUGGGCACAUCAACCCUCUCAUUGUAUAUGGUGGACCAUGCACUGGGAAGACCCUUCUGUUGGCUGAAGUAGCAAAGAAGGCUUAUGGCUGGCUACAUGAAGACACAGGACCAGAGUCUGACCCAGUAGUAGUUGUGAGAUUUCUAGGAACAACGAACAUGAGUACCGACCUUCGGACUCUCCUUCUAAGUGUCUGUGAACAACUGGCUAUUAACUACCGGUGUUUGGUUCAAAGCUACCCUAAGAAGAUCCAUGACCUCCGUGACUUAUUUAUAAACCUUUUGAAUGAGUCUUCAUUACAGAGACCUCUAGUAAUAAUAUUUGAUGCCCUCGAGCAGCUCUCAGAAAAUGAUGAUGCCAGGAAGCUUUGGUGGCUCCCUGCUCACCUUCCCCGCUUUGUACGGAUAGUUCUCUCUACACUGCCCAACAAAUAUGGAAUCCUGCAGAAACUAAGGUGCCUUAUCCAUGAAGAAGAUAACUACAUCGAGCUGAUUCCCCGGGACAGGAAGAUGUGCAGCCAAGUCCUCAAACACCAGCUGCUGCGAGUCAAAAGGAAGGUCACCUCGGGCCAGCAGAUUUAUGUCAACAAUGCGUUCUCCAAGUGUACGCUGCCAAUGUUUGUGAACCUGACCUUCAGGGAGGUGAAGCAUUGGAGAUCUCACAAAGACGUUGAUGAGUCCUCCCUUUGUGUCACUGUUCAUGAAAGCAUAGAGCAGUUAUUUUGGUCCUUGGAGAAGAGGUGUGGUCAGAAACUGGUCUCCAGAGCUCUUGGUUACAUCACCAUGGCCAAAAUGGGUCUCAGUGAAAUGGAACUGGAGGAUGUGUUAGCCUUAGACAACAAUGUCAUGAAUGAGCUCCAUGAGAACACCAGGCCCAGCAAUCCCCUGAGAGUACCUUAUGUAUACAUUGCAAGACUCAAGGAGGGGCUCAGCGGAUACUUAAUAGAAAGGCAUGUGAAGAAUGUCACCCUCCUGGUCUGGGCCAACAGACACCUGCAUCUCAUAGCUCAGAAGCUGUAUCUGCAGGAUGAAAGUGACCUGCGUAAAAUGCACACCAUCCUGGCAGAUUAUUUUCUGGGGGUCUGGUCAGGGGGCAGGAGGAAAGCGUUCUGUCUUGAGGACCCUUACUUGAAUGGCUGCCUUGAUUUGGAGAGCAGAGGCCUACUCGAGGAAGAAAAACACUUCAUGGAACAGGCUUCCUUUGACAGGCAGGCCCCCGACCAGCCCUGGGUUUUCCAGUGCAAUCCGCUGGAGCCUGACAUCUUCUUUGUCAAUCAUCGGAAAAUGUCUGAGCUUUUGUACCACCUGACAAGGUGUGGGAAAACAGAUGACCUGCUUUAUGGUAUCAUCAUGAACUUCAGCUGGCUGUACACCAUGAUCAAAAUUGGCCAGUUUGACCAAGUGCUUUCAGACAUUGAGCUGGCUUAUAAUUACUCCCAAGAGAAGGAACUGAAGUUCCUGGCUAGCACCCUCCGUAGCAUCAAAACCAAGGUCAUUGCAUUUCCUGGCUCCCUUUCUGCAGAGCUUCAGCAGAGACUUCUGCCUGUCAUAAGCUCCCUGCCCAAACUUAGACACCUUCUUUUAGAAUGUGACAAAGACGGGCCCAAAUACUGCUCCAUCGUGCCAUUGCAUUCAUCCAUGGAUGUGACAUAUAGCCCUGAACGUCUUCCCUUGUCAUCCAGUCACCUACAUGUCACAGAGAUCCUGCCUACCUGUAACCCCAGCACUGUCCUCACAGCUUUAGAAAAUGGUUCCAUCAGCACAUGGGAUGUGGAAACACGCCAGUUACUCAGGCAGAUCACUACAGCUCAGUCCGUCAUCCUGGGCAUGAAACUGACCAGUGACGAAAAGUACCUUGUAGUGGCUACAACGAAUAACACCUUGUUGGUUUAUGACAAUGUCAAUUCUUGUCUCUUAUCUGAAGUGGAAAUCAAAGGGACCAAGCAUGGAAGUGGCUCUACCUACAUCAAUGGAUUUACAUUGUCUGUCAACCAUGCCCUUGCAUGGCUUGAAGCCAGCAAAGAUGUCACUGUCAUUGACCUGCUCUAUGGAUGGCCCCUUUACCAGUUCCACUGCUGGUAUGAAGUGACGUGUGUCCAGUGCUCUUUGGAUGGUGCAUAUGCUUUCUGUGGACAGUACCUGAACACCACCACCAUAUUUCAUUUAGGGAGUGGAGAAAAGUUAUGUACAGUGACAUCUGAGUUUUCAGGUGGCUUUGUAAAGUUUCUUCUUAUCUUGGACACGGCUCAAGAGAUGGUCAUGGUAGAUAGUGAAGGAAGUCUUUCUGUUUGGAAUACUGAGGACGUCUCCAAUCCCCAGCUAACUGAUGACUUUGACUGCCGAAGAGAAGACAGUGAGGUGGUCAGCAUCGAACUUUCAGAGGACCAAAGUGCAGUUCUGAUCUGCAAAGCCCUCAGCAUUGAGCUCCUGGAUACCAGCAUGUGGAAAGUGGCUGAAAAGUUCAGAGCUAAGCACAAUGAACGCUUUAUAUCUGCCGUGUUGUCCAAAAAUGGAGAUUGCAUCAUUGCAACCAUGGAAAAUACCUCAGCCGUGUUUUUUUGGCGGCGGGACACAGGACAGUGUAUGGCAAGUCUACAGGAAAUCUCAGGUACCAUAGUUAAAUUGGUGAAAUCUAGUCACCAUAACAUGCUACUCUCAUUAUCAACCAGUGGUGUUCUUUCCAUUUGGGACAUAGAUAUAAUCACAGCUAUGUCCAACAUAGAUAAGACUGGAAAACCCAUCCAAAGUCUGGUGUUACCUGCUAGAGGAGAAAUCAUUUACUCCCUCGAUGGCUCUGAUUGUGUUCACAAGUGGAACUUCAGCAGUGGGUUCAUCGAAGCGGUAUUUAAGCAUGAAGGAAUAGUUGAACACUGUGUGUUGACAUCUGCUGGAGACAUAAUGGUGACAUCGGAUGACAAGAGCAGCCAGUAUGUCUGGCACACCAACAGUGGUGAAAACCUCUUCCGAAUUAAUGGACAGAGAAUAUCUCAGCUGCUGAUUACACACAAUGAUCAGUUUGUGGUCUCCCUCUGUGAGGAAAAUGCCUCCAGGGUGUGGAGACUGGCCACAGGCCACCGGGUUUGCAACAUUCUGACCACUUUGCAAAAUGCCUUCAUUACUUCUGCAAAUACCUUCGUGGUGGGAAUGACUAAGAGCAAAGUGUUGGCCGUCAGUCUCUGGACAGGAAGUAUCACCAAGAAAUUUUGCUGUGAAGACGGAACCAGCAUUGUGAAUUUCAAAUUGAUCCCCGACUGCCCUGACAUCAUAGUAUUUAUCACAUCAGCUGAGACCGUGAACAUCUGGAGUCUGACAGAUGAAGUGAUCUGUCGACGCGUGCAACUUCCAAACAACUUCUUGAAAAAUCUGGAGGAUUUUGAAAUUUCUCCCAAUGGCAAGCUAGGCAUUAUAUCCAGGGGAGAUGAAAAUAUCAAUGUGCUGGAUUUACACAGUGGUAAACUACGGGUGGUUCAUGCCUCUGGGGUCAUCUGGCGGCAGAAAUUGUCUCGAGAUGGCCGCUACCUGGUAUACAUUUGUUUCCAAAAUGGGGAGGAGGAGGAUGAAAAUGGUGCAAUAUCUAGUUUAAUUGUAAUGAGACUGGCUGAUGGCAAAAACAUCGGUGCUUGUUCCCUUUACAAAACGCCAACUUUCCUUGCACUCUCUCAGAGACAUCUGAACAUCAUUGUGGGCUUUGACGAUGGGAGCAUCGGGAUAUACACAGUAGUGGACCGUGUAGACGCUGCACUAAAAAUUAAAAUAGCCACUUCCAAUAGUAGGCAAAUUUUUAACAAUGCAACACAGACAGCUAGGCCAAAGUGUAACAGUUAUUGUUUUAAGGUGUCUGUGGAUUGCUUGUGGAGAGAAUCUACAGAGGUCUUUGCAAGAGACAGCCCCAUCACAGUGAGUGACUCCUCUGAGCCCAAUGAAGCAACACCGUCCAAGAAACACAACUCUUGUUAUGACCGGGUGUGCUCUGCCCUAGAAUCCAGGGGCCACAGCUUUGCUCCUGAUAACUGAUAUUCUGCUUAACAGAAACACACGAUCCAUGUACAAAAGAAAAACAAAAUGUGUCUUUUGUAUCUCAAAUGAUAAACUACCCAUUCUCUGACAAACAGGUAAGACGCUGGAAUUCCAGUUAACACCCUCAUGAGAUGUACAGAAACCCAUGAGAUUGGUUUUGGGUGCAGUAUUCUUGUCAAAUUGUAAUCAACAAUGAAGGAAUGACAGAGAAUUUCUAUAAGUAAUAUGUAAAUGGCAACUUCAACUGAAAGAUAGAUGGUAAAAGUUUUCAAAUGACCUGUGGAGUGAAAAAGCAACAUGAUUCAUCCCAUGGGUUCAUAUGAGAAAGGAUAGAGUUAUAGACAGAACUUUAGACUGGAUCUCAUUUCUACAAUCAAUUGAAAUCACGAAGAAAAAGAGCUGUUUGACUUUGAGUGAUUGUGUGAUACGUAAACACAGCCUUAAUCUCUCUACAUUUUACAAUCCUGACAACUGUGUAAUCCCAGUCUGCAAAUGAAAGGUCUAAAGGUGCAAAAUAAUGUAACAAAAAUGCCCAAAUUCCCAGUUUCCCAAGAGACACGAUCUAAAAUGUGAGACCAUGAACUGAACUGGGACAAAAAUUUAUACCACUGUCAUAGGGCUACUGAACAUGAAGAGUUAAUCUUCAUUAAAAUAUAGUUGCAACAAUUGCAUGCAAGGGUUUCUGUAUAACAGAACAUAUGAGUUUUAAACCACUUGUUUCUUGGGUUGAAAAAUAACACAUUUAAUAAGAAACCACAGUCUUUUUACAUCUUUUUGAGAUGCAUAUUUGUGCUGGGUAUAAAAAGAAUGACAGGGCAUUACAAAUUUGGUUAAAACACUUGUUUAUUUCUAUCAUUAUACAAGUCUAUUCAGUCAGUUGUAUGGAAGCAUAAGUUAUUUCCCAAAUCCCUGCAGUAAAUCUUAAUAGAAAGUAAGCUUUCUCAACAUGCCAUCUCUGAAAUACUGGUGACAUUUGCCUUACUCUCAUUUCUCCUCUUUCCUGUGUAAAAACGCAGAUAGAUGACCAAAUACUCUGGGACAAACUGAAUAUGCCUGUCUUUGUGCUGAAAAUAUUCCAUAAAUCUUUAGGAUGUCCAAAGGUUCUUUAUUGUCCCUGUUUGUAAUCACUUUCUUACUCCUACACA